AACUGCAGUUGUGAAGGAACAUGCACUUGCCUUUGCCUUUGUGGAGCUCAGCCACAGUUCCUGGGAUUGACUCCUAGGGUUGUAGAGCCUUCCAAUAGCCUCUGUAGUUUGCUUUUCUUUCCCAACCAGGAGCUUUGACAAAGUGAAAUGGUGAAAACAAAGGGCUUUCACUGUUGAUCCCAACUAGUUUAGAGCAGUAAGUUCAGAAUAGAUAUUUUCUUUUAUUGUAUUUUAUUCUACCUACUAUUUUAACCAACAUCCAAAGCUCUUUCUCUUGAGCCUUUUAAACAUAAAACAGCAACUGGCUUUGUAAAGUGUAGUACACAGCUUUAAGCAAUUAAUUAGUAUUCAGGCUUCACUGUUCAAAGCAACUCAGAGAAGAAGGCUUCUCUUAAAUAAUAUCUCUACAAACACAGUCUGGACCUCCAAUUCUUCACAAGUACCUGUCUCUCCAAAUGGAUAAGAAGCUGGAUAUCUUCAGGAGGGAGUUAGUGGAUGUUCAAGGUGUCCCUCUCUUCUGGAGCAUUGCUGAGCAGUGGUCCCAAGUGGAGUCGUUUGAGGCCAGACCUGAUGAUCUUUUGAUCUCCACCUAUCCCAAAUCUGGGACAACCUGGAUCAGUGAAAUACUGGAUUUGAUCUAUAACAACGGGGAUGCAGAGAAGUGUAAACGGGAUGCAAUCUAUAAACGAGUGCCUUUCAUGGAGCUUAUAAUUCCUGGGUUGUCAAAUGGUAUUGAACUGUUGGAAAGCAUGCCGUCUCCUCGGCUGGUGAAAACUCAUCUACCUGUUCAACUUCUUCCUUCCUCAUUUUGGAAAAAUGACUGCAAGAUGGUCUACGUGGCACGGAAUGCCAAAGAUGUGGCUGUUUCUUACUAUUAUUUCUACCAAAUGGCAAAAAUGCACCCAGAGCCUGGCACCUGGGAGGAGUUCCUGGAUAAAUUCAUGGCUGGGCAAGUGGGUUUUGGUUCCUGGUAUGAUCAUGUGAAAGGCUGGUGGGAGAAAAGAAAAGAUUACCGUAUCCUUUAUCUGUUUUAUGAAGAUAUGAAAGAAGAUACAAUGUGUGAGAUUAAAAAAUUAUUAAAGUUUCUAGAGAAAGACCUACCAGAAGAAAUUGUAAAUAAAGUCCUCCAUCACAGCUCUUUCGAUGUAAUGAAGGAGAAUCCUAGUGCAAAUUACAGCACAAUGAAGAAAGAGGAGAUGGACCAUUCUGUGUCUCCAUUCAUGAGAAAAGGAAUUUCAGGUGACUGGAAGAAUCAGUUCACUGUAGCCCAGUAUGAGAAAUUUGAAGAAGAUUAUGUCAAGAAAAUGGCAGAGUCAACACUUAAGUUUAGGUCAGAGAUCUAGGGAGUAUUUGUUUCUUAAUCUCCUUUGGCUGACGUUAAAAUUAGAGAGAGAAAAGCACAUUCAUGGAUUAUUGAAAUAAAAUGUAGUAUAUGAUUUUUCUGUAUUUACAAAGACUCAUGGUCUAUAGACCAAACUUACUAAUAUCAAGGAAUAAUUCUGUCCUAAUUCUCUUCCUUACAGAUAUGUUCAUACAAUAGUUUACUCCUCACUUCUGUUAUUAAAAGAAUACAAUUUUAAGGGGCCUUCCAACACAGUAUGUUUCCAAUUUCAGUUACUAAUAGCUUCCUGACUACUGUGUACAUGGUCUUCUUUCUCUUGGAACAUAGGUUUCUAAAUGAUGUUUGUCGCCAUGGUUAGGUACCCCUUAGACAAAGGCUACAUUUCAUAAACUUUAAUUAUUCAAUUUAAUCUGUUGUUAUUUUAGAUAUUAAGACAUCAUGUCUUUAACAUUGCCAAAUUAUUCAAAUUUAUAAUGUCAGAAUACCCUAUUCCCACUUAUGGUUAGUUUAGAAAUAUUACAUUUAAAUGAACAAAUCAAUAGCACAUAUUUUAUAGGAUUUAAAACAAGGAAAAUUAGAGAGCUAUUUAUUUUUAUUCUUCAUGUCAUAUGCUGAAGCAAUUGUGAAAUUCAUUGCAGAAACUAUUGAGGUUUGUUUAAAAACUUCAAGUGGCUUUUGUGUCAUCUACAGUAUGUCUGGUUAGCAUCACUUCUGAGAUGAAAGUUCUAUGCGAUUAAUUACUUUCAGUAAUCUUCCUUCUUCUUAACUGGCUUUUGGAUCACAGUAGGGUCAUUUUGCUAUCACCCCUUCUGCAAUUAAUCAUUCCUAAGUGAGAUAAACACUCAUUUUUGAACUGUUAAGAGACAUGAAUUUAAGAUACUUUAGAUUUGUCUCCAGGAUCUAACAUUUAGUGAAAAGGGGAAACUGAGAUACAGAAUAAAUUACUGUCUGAUUCCAUUCAAUACAUAGUACUCCUGACAUAAGAAAAUUGAUGAGAUGGCUCUUGCUGGGCUGAGUGUGGCAAGAGGAAGUAUGUGAGUAUGCAGAGGAGAGAUGGUAGAGAAAACGAGGUCGAGUGGUCAGUGCACUACAAAAAGAGGUGGAACUAGAGGUGCUGCAGAGGUGAGAAUCACCCUGAUAUGAGAGCCCUGCACAGCCACAUGAAACUGUGGUGAUGACUGGGCUGCUGCCAUGGCCCAGGACUGUGUCUAGAUCCAUGGUCCUGAUGCAUCCAGGGUCUGUGUUGAUGUUGGUGUCCUCUACUACCACUGAAGGCUAUGAGGAUGUCUGAGGUCUCUAUUGCAGCCAGAAGCCAUCUUGAUAACCAAGAACCAACCUGAGCUGGCUCCAUUUUCUAACAGCCACCACAUGGUGGUACCAGUGGUGACAUGGCCUUGGUAGAAUGGUGACAUGGCCCUGACAACAUAGGUGCAGGAUAGCUGGACCUACUCCUUGCAGGGGCAACAUGGGAGGCCAAGUCCCACCCAGUGCCAGUUGAUGCACUUAGGAGUGGGUCCAACUCCUUGCCUGGGCAGAGCAAGAGAACUGGCCCUAGUGAUGUGAGAGCUGGAGAGCAGGCCCUGAUGUGUGGUCAUGGGAGAGCUGGCCUCACCUCCAGCUGCUCCUGCCAUGCUGGAGAGCUGGUUCUUCUCCUUCCUGGCUGGUGCUACGGGAGAGCUGGCCCAUUCCAUGCCCAGGUGAUGAGGGAAAGCUGGCCCCAGAGGCAUGGUCUUGGGAGAGUGGGAGAUCUUGUUGUGCCCCUCACCUGGCCAGAAGUGGAGCCAGCUAUGAUGGUCUUGACAUGGGAAAGCUGGCAGACUGACCAACUCAACUAUCAUCUACACCCUGAUCCAAGACUUUGAGUUGGCCCACCCCAAUAUCUUCUUCAUGUAGGAGCUGCUGGAGGGCCUGAAGGGGCUGGCCCUGCAUAUCCAUUGCUGCAGGAUCCCCAUCACUCAGAGCAACAGCAGGCUGCUAUCUGAGAGUCUCUAUGAGGUACAUAUUGACAUUGUAGCAGAAGUCAGAGUCCUUUAACUAGUCUAAUGACUCAUUCUAAUAAACAUUGGCAAGUAAAGCUGCUUGGGCUGAUUGGGCAAAAGGGUAUACUGACUGACACAUCACAACCUCCAAUGCCACUACAAUAAACAGAUAGGUGAAGCAGACGUGGGAAAGAUAGAGGAGUGGAAUGGUACAUCCACAGAAUCCAAAGAUGUUUCAAUAUAAGUCAAUAAUGAAGUAUCUAAUGCAGCUGAUACUUGUAUUUCCUGCACUAAGUGCCUACUUACUGAUAUUUUUCAAAAUAAAAAUGUGUUAGUUCUGCUGUGAGUUUCCAGACAGAAGAGUGAGAAAUACAUGAAUAAACAUGUUUGUAUUAUAAA